CACAUUUAUCUAUGUAACUGUCGAACUCAGAGAAGGGUUUGCCACCACGAAGCACUUGGGUUUUCCGCACGACCCCGGCGUUGUUGUGGUUGCCGCCGCUUGUUAACCGUCCUCGGUUAAACAAAACACUUCUUAGGGUUUAAGUCCGUAUUUGAUUGAUCAUAGUUUCCGCUGGAAAAUAACAUCUUGUUUAUCUGAAACUGGCAUUCUUCCAAACCUAAGCCACUUAAUAUCUCAACCUACGGUUUAGAUUGGGAAGUUUCGCGUGACACGAGUAGUAUCAUCAGUCUUAACCAAGUGCUCUGGGUGAAUGGAUGCUGCUGAAGAAAAUGAGCUUCUUGCCGAAGCAGUAACACCGGAGAGCGGAGAUGUCUUAAACAAAGAUGAGCAAUCCAACAAUGGAGAUCCUGUUCCUGUCGAUGUCUUAAACAAAGAUGAGCAAUCCAACAAUGGAGAUCCUGUUCCUGUCGAUGUCUUAAACAAAGAUGAGCAAUCCAACAAUGGGGAUCCUGUUCCUGUCGAUAUCUUAAACAAAGAUGAGCAAUCCAACAAUGGAGAUCCUGUUCCUGUCGAUGUCUUAAACAAAGAUGAGCAAUCCAACAAUGGGGAUCCUGUUCCUGUCGUUGAGUCCGCCGGCCAAGCCCAGGAGGAUGUACAUACAGCACACAUUGUGGUAUUUGGAAAAGAUGGAACUGGAAAAUCUGCGUUCAUCGUUCGUUUUUUGACAAAGAGAUUCAUCCACGAGUACGAUCCGACAUCAGAGGACGUUUAUGCCUAUAAUUCUCAAAUCGAUGGGCGAAAAAUCUGCCUUAAAAUUAUGGACACAGCUGGAAAGGUGGAGCGAACAGUUCAUAAAAGAGAAGAGCAAAUUCGAUGGGGUGACGGUUUCAUUCUCGUAUUGUCUCUUGCAUCACGGGACUCUCUUAAAGAAGUUGUACGAAUUAAGGAGGUAAUAGAGCAUUUGAACGAAUCAGAAAAACCGGUGGUGCUGGUAGCCACAAAGCGUGAUCUAGUCCACGCAAGAGAAGUGACGUCUGCAGAAAUUCAAGAACUGGCCAAGAGAUGGCACUGUCGAACCUUUGAGACAGCAGCCACAGAAGAUUACAUCACAGUUGCAGAACCCUUCAUAAGCCUGUUUAAGGAUAUCCGAAAGAUAAAAGAACAAAAAGGACUUUUCCCUACGUCAUUUAAACUUGACAAAGACAUUGUUAUAGCAGACGUUCACAAAAGAUAUAAAAAUCGUUUGUUGACACAAUAAAACUAAAUGUUACAUUCUUCAUUGUUAACUUGAUAUUAUUCAUUGAUAUGUUCGUUAUUAAACUGUGUGUAUAUAUUACUGUUAUAAUAAGAAACUUAAUGGUGACAUUAAGCGUCGUAAGUUUUUUAGAUUUUCUCGUACACAGCCAUUAUCGAUGAAAGAACUUAGUUCCUAAACGUUUAAAUGAAAUCCCGUACUCCACAAUAUAUUACAACUGGUGUCUCCAAAAAGUUACAUGAUUUCAUAUGACAAACUGAUUCACCCAGUGAAAUAAGCGUAGCACCAUACAAUGCUCUGAGGAGUGUAAGCUUUUGGGUGGCUUCAAUCUUAAUAUUGAACUCUGCCAAAUUUGGUAAACAACAACGC